AUGGGAAUAUUUAAAAUAAAAAGAAGAUUAAAUAAAUAUAUUACAAAACAUUUAACUAAUAUUAUUAAAUAUAAAUUUAAUCUUUUUAAUUUUUAUUAUGGUAAACGGGAUUUAAGUACAAUCGGAGCAAGAGAUCUUAAAUUUGUUAGAUUCAUGAAACGAUUGUACGAAAACGCAAUGGCCCUUGGAGCUCGAUGUGCACAAAAUGGUAAUGUAAUGCAAUAUAGUGAAGAAAUUAUUAAACAACUUACACCUGAAGAGAUUGAAGAAUUUCGUGAAGCAUUUAUAAUGUUUGACAAAGAUCGAAAUGGCACAAUAAGUACAAAAGAACUAGGUGUUGCUAUGCGGAGUCUUGGACAAAAUCCUACAGAACAAGAGAUUCUUGAAAUGAUUAAUGAAGUAGACAUUGAUGGAAAUGGUCAAAUAGAAUUUCCCGAAUUUUGUGUCAUGAUGAAAAGAAUGAUGAAAGAAACGGAUAGUGAAAUGAUAAGAGAAGCAUUUCGAGUAUUUGAUAAAGAUGGUAAUGGUGUUAUUACAGCACAAGAAUUUAGAUAUUUUAUGAUUCAUAUGGGAAUGCAAUUUAGUGAAGAUGAAGUUGAUGAAAUGAUUAAAGAAGUGGACGUUGACGGUGAUGGUGAAAUUGACUAUGAAGAAUUUGUUAAAAUGAUGAGUGAACGUUAA